AUGGACGACAGUGACAACAACGACGACUUUGAUGAUGAGGAGGACUUGUUAGAUGCUGCGCUGCAUGGUACUGGAUCGGCUGCUCUGCCGGAUGCAGAGGAUGACGACGAUGAUGAUGAUGAUGACGACGACGACGAGGAAGAGGACGACGACGAAGAGGAGGACAGCGACGAUGACGAUGAUGAUGUAGAAUCAGAAGCAGCAUCUCAGGAUGAGAUCGAGCUCGCGUCGGAUCAGGACGACGAUGGUGACGACAAUGACGAAGAUGACGAGGAAGAGGACGAUUUCGAUCGAAUCGAGCGAUCCGAAGUUGAAUUCAUGUCGGACGAGGACAUGGAUGGAGGCUUUGAAGAUCUUGAGGGCGCAGAAAAUGAUGGACCUAAUGCCGAUGCAUCGCAAUUCGAUGAAUCUUCUGCGUCAGGAUCUUAUUCCCGCAAGCCUACCAAAAGCGCACUCUACGCUAUCCCAACACUCGCCGAAGUCCAAGGUCUCAAGGAAACUGGCGAACUCUUCAAGAACAACGUCUUCAAGCUCAAGGUUGACGAAAUGCUUCCAGAGGUGAGGCCUGCCUUCAACAAGGCGAGCGCUCUCGAAACCGUUCUCCGCAGGCUGCACCAGCUCUUCCAAGCUCUUUCACCCAUCGAGCCCCUACCUGUCGGCGAGGCGAUCAAAAGCUUCCAGAAGCGCACCUCUGGAUCCAAGGUUCGCAUCCCGUUCCCAGACCCAGCGCCCAAGACCGACGCCAACUACAAGCUAGGAUUUGAGAAGCCGUCACAAAUGCAUCUCGUAGGCAGCUGGCCCCUUAAGUCAACGGCAAAGCGACCCGAGGGCGUCGAUGUCGACAUUGCCGCUGUAAUGCCGUCGAGCCUCUUCCAGCCAAAGGACUACGUCAACUUUCGAUACUUCCACAAGAAAGCGUUCUACCUCGCCGCACUCGCACAUGCUAUACAGACAGCAGAGGACGAACAUGAUAUCCACCUCGGCGUCACGGCUUCCUUCGGCCUCGUAGAUGCGGAUCCAAGACGCCCCGUGUUGGUGCUCAGGCCCAUCCACGACAAGUCCGAGACCGACUUCUCCAAGCUCAAAUGCACCAUCCGCGUUCAUCCUUCUGUCGAGAUCGACACAUUCAAGCCGAUCCAUCUCGGGCCGCUGCGAAGCAAUGUGCGUGUGGCGUCUGCUAACGGCGAGGCUUCGACCGAUGCUUUGUCAACUACCACUGCUACACCGCGCUACAACGCAGCCAUCCUCGCGGACAGCCUCCACCUGCCGCAUCUCGUUUACCUUCACAGCAUUGUCCAGGCAUGCCCCGCGUUUGCCGACGCAUGCCUCUUGCUCAAGACCUGGGCUUUCCAACGCGGCUUCGGGUCUGGAGGCCGGCUCAACCCCAAACACGUUCACGACGCCGAUCAAGAUCGACGCAGGCUCGUUGCUGGCACCGGAUCAUUUCGCUUCAUCCUCACCAUGAUCCUCGCGCAUCUCUUGCAGGGAGAGGAAAAGAAGACCGGCUGGACGAAACGCGAUACCACCAACGCCGGCCGCAGCAAGCUCGCCAACAGCUUCUCGAGCUACCAGCUCUUCCGUGGUGUCAUGGAUUGGCUGGCAAAGCACGAUUUCAAAGCUAGUCCCGUAUUCAUGAAGUCGAUGCCCGAAGCUGGUCUUGCCAGUCGAUCGGACAAGAUGCCGCGCCAGGAAUUCAGCCAGGUCUUCGAACGCGUCUUUGUCGACCCCAGCGGCAUGCUCAAUCUGUUCGCGUUCAUCCCAACUGGAUCGAUUGACCUGCUCCAGUACGAGGCGAGGAGGACGUUCGAGAUGCUCAACGAUCCAAGCUCGGAUCACUUUGACGCGCUCUUCUUGCAAGACCGCAACGCUGCUCCGUUUACUUUCGACGAAGUGGCGCGCAUCAAUCUUCCCUUGUCCGCAGCGAAGGCGUCGGCGAAGGCAGAAAGCAAUGGCAACGGCACCGGCAUCUCGGCUUCCACAUCAAUCCAGCGCGCCGAUUUCGGCACCUCUUUCCAAGCUACCAUGACCCAGGUCAGCUCCACAGCUUCGCGUGCUCUCGAAGGCCGAGCCAAGCUCGUCGCGCUCUUGCACCGCGCUACAGGCGGACUGGCUUCGACAUGGAGACUGGACGGAACCCGACCUUCCGCUUCAAACGAUGCCGAGAUCGGUCUCGUGCUCGACGGCGAGCAAGCGUGGAGGAUGGUCGAACACGGCCCCUCGAGUCAAGAGACGGAAAAGGCAGAGCAGUUCCGUGCGUUCUGGGGCAAAAUGUCCGAACUGCGUCGAUUCAAAGACGGCAGAGUGCUCGAAAGUGUCGUUUGGCCGGUGACGACGCAAGCCUCUCGAUGGGCCAUUCCACGUCGGAUCCUCUCGUAUGCGCUGUUCCGCCACCACUCAAUUCACGAGUCGCAGAUCCAGUUCGUCUCGUCCCACUUCGAAUCGCUGCUGGACAUCGACACAACCCUCGCGCGAAGCGCACACCUCGUCAGCACAGAAGAAAAAGGCUUUACGCUUGUGCAAUCAGCCUUCGACCAGCUAUCCAAAGAUCUCCGCGCCCUCGAGUCUCUCCCACUCUCCAUCAUCUCCAUCUCUCCUGCUUCCCCCGGCCUGCGCGGUACGAGCGCCUUUGUCCCCGCUCCCCUCAACAUCGACUUGCUCGGCGAUCGCAUCCCCGACUCUGCAUCCUACCUCCCCGUCCACGACAUCAUCCUCACCUUCGAAGGUUCCGGCAAGUGGCCAAACGAGCUCUCCGCCAUCCAAGCCAUGAAAGCGGCGUUUUUCGAACGCAUGUGCGCCGAGAUCACCAACAAGCUGCCCGGAACGACAUGUCGUGUCGCGUUCGACCCUAACGCAUCCAGCAAGAUGGAGGACCAGUGUUGGUUGGAGCUCAUCCUGGCUUCUGGGUUUGCGUUCCGAGCGCGGGUGAUGCACAACCGAGAAAAGCUGCUGUUGGAACGGAUCCUGGCGGAUCGGUUCGAAUCUGCGGGCGCGAAGCGUCGAGCUCGCAAGAUCUUGCUCGAAUGGCAGGGCCGGUUCGAGACGUCGACGCUGCAUCACUCGUACAUUGCGUCGAUGGGUCAUCGAUUCGCGUCGUUUGGCGGUGCGGUGAGGUUGACAAAGAGAUGGCUGGCCAGUCAGAUGCUUUCGUCCGCUGCUGUGCCGGAGGAGCUGAUCGAGUUGGUUUGCGCAGCAGCCUAUCUGUCGCCGGAGGAAGGUGCGCCGGCGUCUGCGGUAGCGGGACUCUUGAGGAUCCUGCGACUGCUGGCCAACUGGAGGUGGAAAGAGGAGCCCUUGAUGGUGUCCAUCCAAGCGGUGAUCGAUUCUGCUUCCACCAAGGACAUCUACACCUUCCCCACAGAGAAACGAACCGAAGUGGAAGCGAACUUCACCGCUGCACGAGGCAGCGACCCUUCGAUGGCGCACCGCGCGUGGUUCGUUGCAACCGAGACCGACACCGAAGGAUUCGCAUUCGGUCGCAAGGGUCCUGUAGGAGGCGUAGCCGACGGCAUCAAGAAGCUCGCCCGCAGCGCCGUUCGCGUGCUCGAAGAGGCCACCUCUCUCACCGAAGAUCAGGUGCUGGCGCUCUUCACGCCUUCGCUCGAGCACUACGACUUCCUCAUUCACCUGGAUCCCGCCGUCUUGCCUCGAUACAGCGAAAACGUCCGUGCCGACCCAACAGUGUGGGGAGCAAAACGUACGAAAUACGCCAACGACGCCGCUGCCACCAUCCAGUCGAACGGAACGCUGUUGGGCCCCGGACCGAAGCCAGGGUUUGAUUCGGCGGAAGCGUUCCUGAUGCUGCUGAGGGAGCUGUACAGCGAUUCUUUCAGAUUGUACCACGAUCAGCACGGUGGAAGUGUUGUCGGUGGACUGUUCAACCCUUCGCUCGAUCGCGAGCGUGACUUCAAGGUCGGGCUGGGAUUCUCGUCUCAGCCGAGCAACGCGGGCAGCAAGACGCAGGUGAAGCUCAACAAGCCGGCGAUCGUAGCCGAGAUCGAACGCUUGGGUCAAGGUCUCGUGCAGAAGGUCGAGCUACGAGGCGCCUAA